AUGAAACUACUUCCUGUUGCCUGCGAAAGCUCGAAUAAUUUCAAAAUUACGAUACAAGCACUAGAGGAGGCAUAUGAGAAUGCCCAAAAAGCCAACAUCAAAGUGAAAGGCAUCAUUAUAGCAAACCCAUCAAAUCCCUUAGGAACCACCAUGGACAGGGACACACUGAGAAGCCUAGUAACAUUCAUAAAUGAAAAGAAAAUUCAUCUGGUGUGUGAUGAAAUAUAUGCAGCCACAAUUUUCCGAGCUCCGAAUUUCGUUAGUGUCUCUGAAAUUGUUGAAGAGGUUGAAUGCAAUCGCGAUUUAAUUCACAUUGUCUAUAGUUUGUCGAAGGACAUGGGCCUUCCCGGGUUCAGGGUGGGGAUAGUGUACUCAUACAAUGAUACAGUUGUGAAUUGUGGGCGAAAAAUGUCGAGCUUUGGAUUAGUCUCAUCCCAAACACAACAUCUGCUAGCAUCAAUGUUGGCAGACGAGGAAUUCGUUGAAAUGUUUUUAGCAGAAAGCUCGAGAAGGCUUGGAAACAGGCACAAGAUCUUUACCAUGGGACUUGAAGAAGUUGGAAUAAAAUGCUUAGAAAGCAAUGCUGGCCUUUUCUGCUGGAUGGAUUUGCGUNGGAAUCAGGCACAAGAUCUUUACCAUGGGACUUGA